GCCGUCCUCCUCCACCCCGGCGACGCCCUCCGCGCCCUCGGCCUCCUCCCCCGCUCAGCACGGGCGCAGGACCGCCCUCCUCCUCACACGCGGCCCACGAAGUAGUAGCGCAGGAGCACAAUCAUCCCCGCGACGAGGCGGAGUGGGAGGAGCACGGCGGCCGCAAGCGUAAGCCGCAGCGCCUCCGCCGACGCCAGCGGGCCGCGACAGAUGACCCCAUCCAGCUCCUCCGGCGUCUCCCCGCCCACCGCCUGGGCAGGCGCGGUGGCUGCGACCACAUCGGAGAGGAGCGGGCGCUCCGUGUGGGGCCCCGGCGGCGGCUUACCAGCACUGUCGAGAGCUAUUGAGCAUCCCCGCGGAAGGGCCGAGCGCCGGGCCGGAUCGGCGCGGAGCGACGAAGAUGGGGGCGCGAGCAGUGGAGCGACAGCUCUUCGACGGAGGCCAUAGCGGCGGCAGAGAUGUACUCACGGACCGCGACGGCUUCAGAAGCGUAUUGGCCGGUGAUUGAGUCAUUGAGUGGAUAGGCGUCCUCCUCCAGGUCCUGCUCCAUAUCCUCCACGGCAUCCCAUCCUGCGCCUAGCUCCUGACCAUCGCCGAGAUGCUGAGAACAGCGAUGGCCGCUUGGUUCCCUCCACCCGUUGCCUCCUGCCCCAAGCCUAGGUGAAGCCUGGGCCAAAAAGACGGCCGAGCUGCGCCAAGCUACUCCCGACGGUCGAGCUGCUCAUGACUAGAGCCUGCUACUCCCGACUUGCAAGCACACGCAAAGGCAACCAACAUUACCUGCACUACCUGCAAGUGUUCGACAAAAUGCCUAGCCUAACGUAUACAGCUCAAUCAAAGUUAUGUGCAAAAAGGGUAUACAGCUCAAUCAAAGUUCUGUGCAAAAAGGGUGUAGAGCUCAAUCAAAGUUCUUUGGAAAAAGCCAUUAUAAGGAAAACAUCUACUGCUGCUACAAUGAUGUAUGAACAUGAGAAAGCAAGAUGUUAUUCUGAAGACACCGCUGCUAGGAAAUGGCUGAGGAAACGAGGUUUUGCAGUUUUGUUGUUCUGAAUAGCGGCAAGCUCUGCAAUACGCUGGUUCACUCAAUCAAUAUAUUAAAUAUUACUUGGCAAAUCUGCCUGAUA